AUGCAGAAUGUUCCAGAACAACAAGUAGAUCCUUUAAGCCCUCCUGGGUACUACAGGUCCAGGCCUCCUGGGUACUACAGGUCCAGCCCUCCUGGGUACUAUAGGUCCAGCCCUCCUGGGUACUACAGGUCCAGGCCUCCUGGGUACUAUAGGUCCAGCCCUCCUGGGUACUACAGGUCCAGCCCUCCUGGGUACUAUAGGUCCAGCCCUCCUGGGUACUAUAGGUCCAGCCCUCCUGGGUACUACAGGUCCAGCCCUCCUGGGUACUAUAGGUCCAGCCCUCCUGGGUACUACAGGUCCAGGCCUCCUGGGUACUAUAGGUCCAGGCCUCCUGGGUACUAUAGGUCCAGCCCUCCUGGGUACUAUAGGUCCAGCCCUCCUGGGUACUAUAGGUCCAGCCCUCCUAGUGCGGUGCGAGAGGAGAGAGAGUCCGGGGGAGGAGAGGGUCUGACGCGGUCUUGCUCCGUGCUCACAGCGGCUGCAGGGCUCCACAGACCGGGCUGCUUUCUCCGCGCUGCCUGCUCCUCUGUCCCCGGCUUAACACGCACUACACCCGGACACUUCUGCACGACCCGCGGAGGGGAGACGGACCGAGAGUCUACCACAGAGUCUACCACAGAGUCUAUCACAGAGUCUAUCACAGAGUCUAUCACAGAGUCUAUCACAGAGUCUACCACAGAGUCUACCACAGAGUCUACCACAGAGUCUAUCACAGAGUCUACCACAGAGUCUACCACAGAGUCUAUCACAGAGUCUACCACAGAGUCUAUCACAGAGUCUAUCACAGAGUCUAUCACAGAGUCUGUCACAGAGUCUAUCACAGAGUCUACCACAGAGUCUAUCACAGAGUCUAUCACAGAGUCUAUCACAGAGUCUAUCACAGAGUAUACCACAGAGUCUAUCACAGAGUCUACCACAGAGUCUACCACAGAGUCUACCACAGAGUCUACCACAGAGUCUAUCACAGAGUCUAUCACAGAGUCUACCACAGAGUCUACCACAGAGUCUACCACAGAGUCUACCACAGAGUCUACCACAGAGUCUAUCACAGAGUCUACCACAGAGGCUAUCACAGAGUCUAUCACAGAGUCUACCACAGAGUCUAUCACAGAGUCUAUCACAGAGUCUAUCACAGAGUCUAUCACAGAGUCUAUCACAGAGUCUAUCACAGAGUCUACCACAGAGUAUCACAGAGUCUAUCACAGAGUCUAUCACAGAGUCUACCACAGAGUCUACCACAGAGUCUAUCACAGAGUCUACCACAGAGUCUAUCACAGAGUCUAUCACAGAGUCUAUCACAGAGUCUAUCACAGAGUCUACCACAGAGUCUAUCACAGAGUCUAUCACAGAGUCUAUCACAGAGUCUACCACAGAGUCUAUUACAGAGUCUAUCACAGAGUCUAUCACAGAGUCUAUCACAGGGUCUAUCACAGGGUCAACCACAGAGUCUACCACAGAGUCUACCACAGAGUCUAUCACAGAGUCUAUCACAGAGUCUAUCACAGAGUCUACCACAGAGUCUAUUACAGAGUCUAUCACAGAGUCUACCACAGAGUCUAUCACAGAGUCUAUCACAGAGUCUACCACAGAGUCUAUCACAGAGUCUAUCACAGAGUCUAUCACAGAGUCUAUCACAGAGUCUACCACAGAGUCUACCACAGAGUCUACCACAGAGUCUAUCACAGAGUCUAUCACAGAGUCUACCACAGAGUCUAUCACAGAGUCUACCACAGAGUCUAUCACAGAGUCUACCACAGAGUAUCACAGAGUCUAUCACAGAGUCUAUCACAGAGUCUAUCACAGAGUCUACCACAGAGUCUACCACAGAGUCUACCACAGAGUCUACCACAGAGUCUAUCACAGAGUCUACCACAGAGUCUACCACAGAGUCUAUCACAGAGUCUACCACAGAGUCUAUCACAGAGUCUAUCACAGAGUCUAUCACAGAGUCUGUCACAGAGUCUAUCACAGAGUCUACCACAGAGUCUAUCACAGAGUCUAUCACAGAGUCUAUCACAGAGUCUAUCACAGAGUAUACCACAGAGUCUAUCACAGAGUCUAUCACAGAGUCUACCACAGAGUCUACCACAGAGUCUAUCACAGAGUCUAUCACAGAGUCUACCACAGAGUCUACCACAGAGUCUACCACAGAGUCUAUCACAGAGUCUACCACAGAGUCUAUCACAGAGUCUAUCACAGAGUCUACCACAGAGUCUAUCACAGAGUCUAUCACAGAGUCUAUCACAGAGUCUAUCACAGAGUCUACCACAGAGUCUAUCACAGAGUCUACCACAGAGUCUAUCACAGAGUCUACCACAGAGUAUCACAGAGUCUAUCACAGAGUCUAUCACAGAGUCUACCACAGAGUCUACCACAGAGUCUAUCACAGAGUCUACCACAGAGUCUAUCACAGAGUCUAUCACAGAGUCUAUCACAGAGUCUAUCACAGAGUCUAUCACAGAGUCUACCACAGAGUCUAUCACAGAGUCUAUCACAGAGUCUAUCACAGAGUCUACCACAGAGUCUAUUACAGAGUCUAUCACAGAGUCUACCACAGAGUCUAUCACAGAGUCUAUCACAGGGUCUAUCACAGGGUCAACCACAGAGUCUACCACAGAGUCUACCACAGAGUCUAUCACAGAGUCUAUCACAGAGUCUAUCACAGAGUCUACCACAGAGUCUAUUACAGAGUCUAUCACAGAGUCUACCACAGAGUCUAUCACAGAGUCUAUCACAGAGUCUACCACAGAGUCUAUCACAGAGUCUAUCACAGAGUCUAUCACAGAGUCUAUCACAGAGUCUAUCACAGAGUCUAUCACAGAGUCUACCACAGAGUCUAUCACAGAGUCUAUCACAGAGUCUACCACAGAGUCUAUCACAGAGUCUAUCACAGAGUAUCACAGAGUCUAUCACAGAGUCUAUCACAGAGUCUAUCACAGAGUCUACCACAGAGUCUACCACAGAGUCUAUCACAGAGUCUACCACAGAGUCUAUCACAGAGUCUAUCACAGAGUCUAUCACAGAGUCUAUCACAGGGUCUAUCACAGAGUCUAUCACAGAGUCUAUCACAGAGUCUAUCACAGGGUCUAUCACAGGGUCAACCACAGAGUCUACCACAGAGUCUACCACAGAGUCUAUCACAGAGUCUAUCACAGAGUCUAUCACAGAGUCUAUCACAGAGUCUAUCACAGAGUCUACCACAGAGUCUAUUACAGAGUCUAUCACAGAGUCUACCACAGAGUCUAUCACACAGAGUCUAUCACAGAGUCUACCACAGAGUCUAUCACAGAGUCUAUCACAGAGUCUAUCACAGAGUCUAUCACAGAGUCUAUCACAGAGUCUAUCACAGAGUCUAUCACAGAGUCUAUCACAGAGUCUAUCACAGAGUCUAUCACAGAGUCUACCACAGAGUCUAUCACAGAGUCUACCACAGAGUCUAUCACAGAGUCUACCACAGAGUAUCACAGAGUCUAUCAUAGAGUCUAUCACAGAGUCUAUCACAGAGUCUAUCACAGAGUCUACCACAGAGUCUACCACAGAGUCUACCACAGAGUCUACCACAGAGUCUAUCACAGAGUCUACCACAGAGUCUACCACAGAGUCUAUCACAGAGUCUACCACAGAGUCUAUCACAGAGUCUAUCACAGAGUCUAUCACAGAGUCUGUCACAGAGUCUAUCACAGAGUCUACCACAGAGUCUAUCACAGAGCUAUCACAGAGUAUACCACAGAGUCUAUCACAGAGUCUAUCACAGAGUCUACCACAGAGUCUAUCACAGAGUCUAUCACAGAGUCUACCACAGAGUCUACCACAGAGUCUACCACAGAGUCUAUCACAGAGUCUACCACAGAGGCUAUCACAGAGUCUAUCACAGAGUCUACCACAGAGUCUAUCACAGAGUCUAUCACAGAGUCUAUCACAGAGUCUAUCACAGAGUCUACCACAGAGUCUAUCACAGAGUCUACCACAGAGUCUAUCACAGAGUCUACCACAGAGUAUCACAGAGUCUAUCACAGAGUCUAUCACAGAGUCUACCACAGAGUCUACCACAGAGUCUAUCACAGAGUCUACCACAGAGUCUAUCACAGAGUCUAUCACAGAGUCUAUCACAGAGUCUAUCACAGAGUCUACCACAGAGUCUAUCACAGAGUCUAUCACAGAGUCUACCACAGAGUCUAUUACAGAGUCUAUCACAGAGUCUACCACAGAGUCUAUCACAGAGUCUAUCACAGGGUCUAUCACAGGGUCAACCACAGAGUCUACCACAGAGUCUACCACAGAGUCUAUCACAGAGUCUAUCACAGAGUCUAUCACAGAGUCUAUCACAGAGUCUAUCACAGAGUCUACCACAGAGUCUACCACAGAGUCUAUCACAGAGUCUACCACAGAGUCUAUCACAGAGUCUAUCACAGAGUCUAUCUCAGAGCCAUGACCUCAUCCAGAUGGAGCGGCUACAGUUACGGAUCAGGUUAG